AUGGUACAGUCCAGUGAAUAGCGCUCAGUGUGGAUUCAGGGAGCGGCGGGGGAGAAUCAUUUGCAGCGAGCAGCGCGGGCAGGCGCAGCGGGACAGUGAGAUGCCGAGCCCCGAACAUUACGCAGGAAAAGACACGUUGAUAGGAUCAGGUCGAAGGAUUGGACCGAUUGGACCGUACUUUUGGAGAGACUCAUUUUUGUUUUCAGGACUUGAAAAAGAAGUGGCGAUAUAAACGCGAAAGUGGCGGAAUCAAAAUAAACGCUUCUCGGAUCGCUUUCUGCUGCAUCUGAGGAGUUAAAACCUCAUCCUGAAAGGACGAACCAAUAAAAAGAUGUGAGAUUUUACGUAAAACAGUCGUUUGAGAAGCGUGAGCACCUUCCUUUCAUCUCUGUGGAGAGAAAUACUUUCCCGCCGUUUGAUUUAUAUCGCUUCAGAAUGUCCGAUGUUGGAUUAUUCCAUUUGCUUCAACUUCAAAGAAAACAAAAGAACAUGUGUAACCUGACUCUCUGUGUUUUACUCUUCCUGACGUGUUCCUGCUUGUCCUUAGCUUCAUGUCCUGCCCAGUGCUGGUGCGAAGCCACGGUAGUGAAGUGUGUUAACCAAAACUUGAGAUCCAUCCCACAGCCCCUUCCCGAAAACAUCACCGAACUUAACGUCAGUGGAAACGAUAUAUGGAAUCUGGACAAUGAAUCUUUCCCCAGACCCUUGGAACAUUUAACACACCUUUAUGCGUCUGGAAGCCAAGUGGAGCAAUUGGACUCCAUGGUGUUUAAAAACUUGCCAAGUCUGCGUUUACUUGAUCUCAGCAACAAUAGGAUUUCACAGUUCAGCGUUGAGGCUUUUCCUGAAGACAACAAGAUUGAUAUUCUAAACCUCAGCAAAUCCUUAUACAAUCACUCCUACAUUGGUGUGUUCGCAGAUCUUUUCAAACACAGCCUAACUAAAGUUUCCCAUCUUGAUUUGUCCAAUAAUGACCUGGUGCUCCUUCCAGAAGGCAUAUUCACAAGUUUGUCAGACCUCACCGUUUUGGAUUUAAGGAACAACUCCCUUGUUACAAUCAGGAAUGAUACGUUUUGGAAUCUGGCACUCCAAAUGUUGGACUUAAGAGACAACGCGUUGAAAGUCCUACACAACGUGACCCUGGAGAAGCUCAGUUCCAUCCCUGAUUUGCAAGUCAGUCUUGCAGGAAACCCCUGGCGCUGUGAUUGCAAUAUUGAGGACAUGUUGAUUUGGUUGGAGAGACAUCAGGUUGUGGUAGACAGAUUGAACCUAACCUGUGCUGGCCCAGCAGAACUAAAAAAUGUCCCACUUUUACACCUGGAACAAUCACAGCUCUCAUGCUGGAGCAAUGCUGGAGAUGCUCUGAACCGUGCGCUGGAGCCCUCCUAUGUGUUCUUGGGCAUGGUUCUCGCCCUCAUUGGGGUCAUCUUCCUUCUGGUCCUUUACCUUAACAGGAAAGGGAUCAAGAGGUGGAUGUACAAUAUCCGUGACGCGUGCCGAGAUCAUAUGGAGGGAUACCAUUACAGAUACGAGAUCUCAACAGACCCGCGACUAGCCAACCUCAGCCUCAACUCCGACGUGUGACGAGACACAUUUGGAGAACUGGCUUGCACAACUGGCACGCAACAAUCGGACUCUAGCUUUGCAUGAAUACAUAUAACUCUAGAGGUUUGCUGUGACAUGCAUUCUUUUUCGUCGGAUAGGACGUUAACUGGAUUCUGCAAGCGGCAACCCUGUUACGCUCGCUGCAGCUCAUUCAUAUAUGCUGGUGUGUUGCUAUAAUGUUGUCCAGUGACGCAUGAAUCAAGAACAUCAAGUGCAUAUGUUUAGAAUUCAUAUUUCCCUUUUUUAUAAAAGCACAACGGGACUGUGGAGGGCGUCUGUCGUUUCUGGUGAAAUCUGAAAUUACAGAGUCACCCGUCCUUUUGCAAAAUGUCAGAACAAAAUGUAAUGUUAUUUUUUUAUAGCUUAGUUCAUUUCUUCUGCAAAAAAACUAUUCAAACUGCCAUGCAUGUAUUUAUGUAUUUUUUUCACUGAUGUAAAAUUAUGGCAAUAUCCACUUUUUUAUGAUGAGUUAUUGGUUUUUAUAUUGAUAUUUGUUGGCUGGACAUAGAUUGACUCUUUUCUCGGGGAUGCCCUGUUGAAUUAAAGGUCUUGCACUGA